ACAGCGGACAGUCUGUCAGGGAGGCACGGCACAUACUGGUGCCACUGGUUUGAUCGCCACAAAGUUCAUGAAGUUGGAUUAUUUUUUUGUGCUGAAGACGAAGAACGAGAGUAUAGCCUAGAGUCGAUUUUAAAGAACAAUGUCUCGCGGAAUUAUUAGGAUAUUUAGCUUGUGAUGUUCUGGAGAAACUUAUUGGACGAUGUUUUCGCUGCUUUUGGGAGGUUUUCCAUGUAUGAAGUAUAUGUUUAUCUAUUCCCAUAUAGGCCAUCUCUUUUUAUUUCACUGUCUCCAAUAUUUAUACCGUAGCUGCAAUUAACAUGAUCUUGCAUUCCUGUUAAUUCUGACAAAAUGAAGGACAACACGGACUUCGGAUUGCCACCCAAACGCAGAUUUUUUGGCAGUUUAUGAAUGCAGCUGUAAUCACCUAGGGGAGCCUCAAGUACUUAAAUGGGUCCAUCAUGAGAACGAGACAAUCAAGCUCCUUUAUGCCUCGAGAUCAGCUGCAGUUUCUGCACAUUGUCUGUUAUGAAUAGACCGAUCUCCAAUUGAGCCUCUUCACUUUGGAGAUUUUUCGAUUUUCGAUUAUACAGCUAUUGAAAUUAGAAUGCGCCGCUUUUUUUUCUCUCUAUCUGAGCUUGGUGGCUCGGUUGCCUUUUCUUGAUUGCCAGAUGAAAUUGACACUCGGGUUGCCACUUAUCAAGCGAAGCAUUUCAAUCCACGGCUAAUUGCAGAUAGUGCCAUCCUUUCUUUUCACUGCGUUUGAUUGCAUGGGAAUACAGCCUCCUAUUGCGCACAAGAGGAAUGAUCGAUCACAUAUAAGGUUUUUUUUUCCUUCUAAUUGCAUCAAAAUGUCUUUUGUUGCCAGGGUUUAAAUGCACGAGAAACUGUUAUUCGUUGUUUUGUACCGGAUAUAGUGCGGGUUGGGGCAGAGAUGCGUAAUGCGCAGAGCAAGCUCCAUCUUCUCUCCAAAUAGGCAGCGUUCAAGACCCGAAAAUGUCUAAAUCGGAGGUGAAGAAGGAGUCCGGUGAGUCCAGUCCGUCGGAGGCCGCCUGCCACUGCUCUCCUCCGGCGGCCAAGAACCAGUGCGCCAGCUGCGGCAUGGAGAUCCAUGACCGAUACCUGCUGAAGGUCAACAACCUGAACUGGCACUUGGGAUGUUUGGAGUGUUCAGUCUGCAGAGCGUCUCUGCGCCAACACAACAGCUGCUACGUUAAAAACAAAGAAAUCUACUGCAAACUGGAUUACUUCAGUAGGUUCGGCACUAAGUGCGCCCAGUGUGGCCGGCAGGUGUACGCCAGUGACUGGGUUCGGCGGGCCCGGGGCAGCGUGUACCACCUGGCCUGUUUCGCCUGCUUCUCCUGCAAGAGGCAGCUGUCCACCGGGGAGGAGUUCGGCCUGGUGGAGGGCAGGGUGCUCUGCCGCAGCCACUACAACAUCAUGCUCGACAACCUCCGCAGGGCUGCCGAAAACGGCACAGGACUGACUCUGGAAGGAGCAUUGCCAUCUGAUCAGGACUGCCAACCAAAACCAGCUAAGAGGGCGCGGACAUCAUUUACUGCCGAGCAACUGCAGGUGAUGCAGUCUCAGUUUGCUCAGGACAACAACCCUGACGCCCAGACUCUACAGAAACUGGCAGAAAUGACGGGACUGAGCAGACGAGUCAUACAGGUUUGGUUUCAGAACUGCCGUGCACGACACAAAAAGCAGCCCCCUCAGUGUGGCUACUCUCAGAGCACUCCGAUGUCCAGGAUGCCUCCAUCACUGCCAGACGAUAUCCACUAUUCACCGUUCAGCAGCCCGGACCGACCACAUCUAUUCGCCCUGCAUGGAUACCUGGACACUCAUCCCUUCUCGGUCCUCGCCGCCCCAGGCUUGGCCCACCCGUCCAUCCCUUUACCACAGCUUCCCAUCAGCCGCUGACCUCCUGCGUCUCCUUUUUUGCGUCGUCACCACUCUGAUGUUGUGAAAAAAAAAUCCUUUGGGACGUACUGUCAGUAAUCUGCUCUGUGUGGGAGUCUAAUCACCCCGGGGCAUGCAGGACCUCGGUGAUCUGUUUUCAAUCAGUUGGAUUCUUCUUUGCUGUGAGACUGCUGAGCUGAACUUGUCUUUUAAAGACAGCAGAUUGUGGAGAAAUGUCCCGUCUUGAUGCUAACAUGGAGAAGAGAAGAAGACCACUUUUAUUUUGUUUUUCCUCUUUUUGGUGGAACACAAAUUGAAUCAGGUCAGGAUUGUUUUCCUUUUGUUUACCCACUCAUACAAGGUAUUUUAAUCAUAUUGCUGCAAUAUGAAAAAAGGGAGUGUUGUAGCAGUAUUACAGUUAAACCUCAGCCUUUGUUUUGUAUUGGUGAUGAGCACAUUUGCAGCUUACUGUUGUUUGUUGUUGUAUUGUUGUCAGAAAACUCUU